AUGCGGUAUUUUCGCCAAGAUCUUGAACUCGCGAUAAUGAUCGUGAAGUUGCGUGGCGCAUUGAACGCACUGAUUCAAGCGAACAGCAGCGUGAAAGAUGAUGCGCUCAUGGAGAAGAUUUGUUCUGCCAUCGAACAAGAUGAUGUUACGACGAGUGAGCUAUCACAGGAAGAUAGCGUGAAAAACUUCAUCAAGUUUGCGCUCGCCACUGAUGGAGGGCCUCGUCACAAGGAUUUGCGCAAAGUUGCGUUUUCUUUGGUGAAACGGUGCUUACAGAAUCCGGUUGUUGCCGCUAAGCUGGAAGACGAAAUACGACUUUUUGAACUGAUUAACCAAUUGGCAGCGAGUGAGGACUUUUCUGAACCCGUGGUCAAAAUUUGCUGCUUGCAGUUCGUUUCGGCAUGCCUGGAUUCUUCAGCGUAUUCGGAGAAAGUCGCGAAUACAGGUCUCUUGGAAAGAUGCGUCGUUCAAGCAAUUGGACACAGCAGCGUUUUCGUCUCCCGCGAAGCUCAGAAAGUGAUAGUGAAAGCCCUCGAAAAAUCCAGAACUUCCGGAAUCAUGGAGCGGAUCAUCGAUUUCUUCAGAACCAGUUCGUCUUCCAAAGCGACGUUUGAAGGCGAAAAUGCGAGAAUUGCGUUGGGAUACUCUGGAGCGAUGUGCACCAGUUUGGAACAAGUUUUGAAGAGCUCAAUUUGCUUUUCUUCCAACGUGGGCUCGAAAAAUCUGGAGAAGUUGUGUGAUAUUAUCGACGGGAUUUUGGCUGUGGAAGCUGCGAAAAAGAUGUCUGCGCCGUUGUUGCCUCGAUUGCAAAUCUUGAACAUUUAUUUGCACGCACAACUGGCUGCGGAAUCUUUGCCCACCGGCGGAACUUCGUUUGGUUACGCUUCAUUUGUGAAACGAGUGGCAGAGUUGUUCGGUUCUGCAGUUUGUAGCGGACGAUACGAAUUACUCGCCACGAUGACCUCAGCUGCUCAUCACGCGUGGAGCUAUUUGAAAAACAAAUUUGACGUCCGAUUUGACGAUGACCCAGUGCAGCUUUUCUUCGUUUCUGUGCAAAUUGUCCCUGUGUUGGGCUAUUUUUUCCGGUUCCACAUCGGGUGUUUGGACGGAGUUUAUAAAAACGUUUCUGCACGCAUAGAAAAAAACGAUGAGGCUUAUAAAGCCGUCGUCGAGAAAUUGAGGAUGUUCAUUAAGGAGCUUCAGCCGAAUCAGCUCACUCAACUGGCGAUCCAAGCUGCACACGGGCUACGUGGUAUUUCCCAUCUUCUAUCCAAGGAAAAUUCGGUGACUGCGUUGCAAGCCGGAAUGAUGCUGAUCGUUUUGCAAGGCUACGUGUGCAAUCCUGCCUCUCAGCAACUCCAAGUGGCAGCGCUUGAUUUACUCUCGUGUACUUUGAGUUCAUACAGGCUGACUUUGGGCGAUUCGUAUGAAUCUGUUUGCCUGAUUUAUACGAUUUGCUACUUGUGUGAUCGGUCGGAUAUUUCCACUAAGGUGGUGAUCAAGGGAUUCAGAACCUUGCAGCAGGCCUUAAAAGUAAAUGCGUUACCCCUGGAAAUAGCGCUUUCGCAUUCAGAACUGUCAAGCAAAAAGUUCUCUUCUCACUACCUGGCCCGAUCACUCAAAGUCAGAGCGUCCCAUGUAGAUUGGGAGCUGCGAGAUUCUGUUCUCGAAACGUUGACUGUUUUUGUCGAAGCUUCAGUUGCAAGUUGCAUUCCGCUUCGGGAAUGGUUGGUUGAGCACAACAUGCUCGAGUUGGCUGUGGAUGCGUUGAAGGAUGGCGAAAGUUACGUCCGAGCGUCGGGUUACCAACUUCUGACAUCGGCUGUAGGAAUUCCUAGCAUUUGGACCGAGUUUGAGAAAACGCAUGGCAAUUUCGUGGUGGAUUCUGCAGAAUUCAGCCUCAUCUGCAACACGAUUACGCAUUUGUGUGAUACGGAUAUCGACUGGGAAUCAAAGCUGAACGCUUUGGAAUUCUGGCGUUGGGUGAUUGACGACGCCUUGAAUCGUGUCGGGGUGAUCGAUGGCGUUUUUCCGCCAACGAUUUUUGACACGACGUUGAAUCGAAUCAUCAAUAUGACCGACGAGGUUGCUCGACAGAGACUCCGCGAAUGCCUUGAUAAUUUGUGCAGCAAUGGAUGCAUGGUAAGUUUACUGGACGUGGAGUGUGACCUGGAAGCUACUGUUCGACACCGGGCAAUGGAUGUUCUAGGCUACUUGAUGAAGGUCCUCGUUAGGUACGACAUGAUAACGAAGUAUGCGAGUUCAUACGAUUCGCUGUUUUCCCGACCAAGAAGUGUCCACGCGUCCAAUACCAUUUCUGAAGUGGACUCGGCCAACAGUGUUGAUCGAGACGAAGUCAUCGAAGCCCUCCUGGAUGGUUCGGAUGUCGAAGCCGUGUGGAAGCGCAUGACUGUUCCGAUGCAUUCAGAAAGCGACUCCGGAACUCAGCCGGAUAUUCAAUCGUGGGAGAAGAUGCAGAAGAUUUCCGUGGACGCGUGCCUGGGAAUUUUCCGGAGCAUGUUGGCGAAAAAUGAAGAGAAAUUGCAACAAACGCAGAAAGUGUCUGAAAUUGAAUCAUACCUUGAUGAUGUUCUGAUCCACUUCGGGAUUGACAACGCUGAAAACGAUUCCGUUUUAAUGGAUUGCUAUUGA